AUGCAGGACUUCUUGAAGGACUCGAAAAGAAUCCUGAAUGACAUAGAGACAUUGAACUCAUACACAAACAGCAUUGACUACCUGAGCUCCCAGAAGAACAGCUCUGUCCUCAGCAAGGAGGAGGAGCAGGGGCUUAAUAGGCAGAUAGAUGUGCUGAACGAACGGUUUCGGACACUUUCAAGAAAGAUCAAGGAAAGAAUAGACAACUUCUCCGAGGAAACAGCAAACCUCGAGAGGAACAGCAAGAAGGACCGGUUCUACCAUGAAACAAGGAAGAUCCACCUGCAUGCCCAGUCGAAGAAGCUCACGGAGGCCAUAAACAGAUAUAGGGAAUCGCAGAUCAAGCACCGCGAGGACGAGGUGGACAAGUUCCGGCUCCAGUACAUCAUUGCGAAGCCAGAUGCCACUGAGAAGGAGAUAGAGGAGUUUAUUGGAGACGACGACGGAACAAAGGUUGCCUCGGCAUAUGCAUUGGGAGCACACUCAGCACAAGGGAUCCUCAAGGAGGCGGAGAACAGAAAGAAGAACAUUAAGAAAAUAGAAGAGAUGGUCCAGGAUAUUGUGGAUCUGCUGAAUCUCAUCAGCCAGGAGGUUUCAAAGCGAACAGAGGUGGUUGAGACGAUAAAUGACCAGCUGAUCACCGGAGAGGAGAACACUGCUGCGGCAAAUGCCGAUCUCGAGUCUGCCCUGGCAUACCAGAUAAGGGCGACCAGGAUCAAGAGGAUAUUUGUGUACGGGAUCUUGAUUAUUGCAAUCAUAUUUAUAAUGUACUUUGUCUUCAAGACCAAUUUUUUUGGAGCUUUUGACAGGAUCCAUUAUUAUUAG